CACGCAGCCCUCUGUCUAUGAGAAUCGUACAACAUCUCCUUGCAACGAGAUGGAAUUGAGGUUCAAUGUCCUGAACGCGUCUUAUCCCCGAGAUGAUGGGAUGUAAUAGCCCGAUGGGCCGGAAGAAAGGUAUAUCCGGUUCGAAGACGAAGCAUAAGGCUGAUAUCCCCUGACGGUUAGCCGGAUAGGGAUUAGCACGUGAUCCUAGUCGUACGCUUAAUCUUGGGAGUUUAUGUUAGGGGAUUGAGCUAUCAAAAAGACAGUUUGUCCACCAUUCGACAUCAUUGUAUUUGUACUCUACAACAUGGCAAUCUUCUCGGCGACUACCAUAAUUCGCAGCCUGGCGCUGUUUCACGUCACUUUGGCGGUGUUCUUCCUUAAGAACCCCAAGAUCAUAGCGAGCCAGAACAUCGUAUUCGUGCUUGGGGAAGCUAUGCAACUUCCUACACCUCGCGAAUUCUCAACUCCAUCUGCACUCACUGCGUUUAUUGCUGUACUCUUCGCUUUCCUCGGCAUCGCGGAUCUUACCACGCUUUCCCUGCCUGAAGAGGCUUCCGAGCUAUACUGGGGCGUACAAACACCUGUCAGGCUGGCAUUCUUGUUUGGAAUAACUGGCUAUACAUACUUGUUCAAGGAGGGAGGCAUGUUCGCGGCCAGAGGCCGAGCAUACAAAUACAAUGCUGGAGACGACCUCAAGAACAGCCUUGUGUUCACUUGGGGUUUUAUUGAGAUGGCUGCGUGGUUCUGGGUCUUCGUAACCAUCCGCGACGAGCGACGACAGAGAGCAGCCCGACUGAUUGAGAAGAGGAAGGCGGAACAUAAUGUUCUAUAGAUGGUUGCUUGCGCGUAACAUAUAGAUAUUGAAUAUCAAUCACAGAUCUAGGGAAAAUAUACAAGUAGCUCCACAGCCUUCCCACGCGUGCCACGGUACCUUUGCCAGGACGUCUAGGUCAGUAAAUCCUAUAGUAGUGUCGAGCGUUAGCAAUUCCGCAUCUUUUGUCAUUGUUUAAAGACGAAGAUAUCCGAAGGAAUGCAGAUGACAGAACCAUUAAAAAUACGCCUCAAAAAUAGAAAUAUGGUUGUGCUGGUUUGGCCAAAUGUUCACUUUGAGCACACAUUCGGGUCCCCCACAUUGCCGAAAGCGGCCGCAACUUUGUACCACUGACGGACUCAGGUUGAUCAACCGUGUGUAACCCCAGCGGAAUGUAAGAUCUCAUUGAUCCCGUC